AUGGCCAAGGAUCAGAAGACCACCAAGCGUUCCACCCUCGCUGACGUUGUCACUCGCGAGUACACCAUCCACAUGCACAAGCACGUCUUUGGCAGAUCCUUGAGAAAGCGUGCUCCCCAUGCUAUCAAGGCCGUCAAGGCUUUUGCCGAAAAGGCCAUGGGUACCAAGGAUGUCCGUAUUGAUGCUGGUCUUAACAAGGCCAUUUGGGCCCGUGGUGUCAAGCACAUUGACCACCGUAUCCGUGUUCGCAUUGCCCGCAAGCGUAACGACGAAGAAGAUGCCAAGGAGAAGCUCUACUCCUAUGUCACCUAUGUUCCCGUUUCCAGCUUCAAGGGUCUCGAAACCACUGUUGUCGAUGACGAGUAA